UGAACGGCGUGGACGAAGGCAGGGCAAUGUCGAAAACGAAUGGGACGGUCACUGCAGUUACUGAUAUUGUUAAGACAAAUUUACCUCAACUUUCUACAGUGACAGACAGGUUCGGCAACACGUUCCAUGUCGGCAAUGCCGGCGCCUACUGGCAUCUCCCGCUACCUAUAGGAUCCGACACUGACUACAGGACACACCUACGUAAUAUUAGAGACAUGGAGAUACGCCCUGAUGAUGUCAUGAUAUGCUCGUAUCCCAGGACAGGUCUUCAUUGGCAUCAGGAGAUUGUGGCCAUGUUGAUGAAGAAGACAGAGAAACUGAGCGCAGAAAGAGAGAACAGCAUGCACUUCCUAGACGGGAGACCAAUGCAUAUCUUAGACAGCAUGAAGUCACCAAGGCUUAUAGAAACUCAUGUGCCGUUUAGAUAUAUCCCCAAGCAAGCGUUGGAAAAGAAAAUAAAAAUCAUCCGCUUGGACAGAAAUCCAAAAGACACAAUUGUCUCGCUGUACUCUCUCGUGCAGAAAAACGCUGAGCCUCUACAUUAUCCGGGGACGUUUGAGCAAUUUGUUCGUCUGUUCCUGGAAAUUGGUUAUGUGUACGGAGAUUUGUUCACCUAUCUGAUGGACUGGCAAGACGGUAUUGACGCUAAUCCUGAUGUUCCUUUCUAUACAUCAGUCUACGAAGAAAUGAAAUUAGAUGAAAAAGCUGGCGUGAAAAAGUUGAAUGAGUUUCUAGGGACUGGAUGUAGCGAGGAGCUGUGUGAGAAGAUAGCAGAUGCUUGUAGCUUCGACAGUAUGAAACCUUUUAAAGAGACCACGUCAUCGGAAAAAUUAAAUGGUUUAUUUCGUAAUCGAAAAAAUGGCUUUUAUAGAAAAGGUGAUGUUGGCGACUGGACAAACUGGUUCUCCGAGACAUUGAACGAAGACUUUGAUAGAGAAUACAAGAAUCGCAUGUCUGGAUAUAGAACUGUUUACAAAUAUACAUUAGAUUAAAUUUUAAGUUAAUUUAUGCACAUAUUAGGACUCUCUAGCACUGGCUUUGUUAGAAUACAUAAAAAACAAAAUAAAAAAAUUAAUAUCCUAAAAGAAAAAUGACCUUGAUAAAAUUGUAUUUAACUAUAAGAUUAAUAAGAAAACUGCUUGGAGCUCAAGGUAUUUAAAACAAACUAACACAUUUUCUUUAAUAAUUCUAAAUAAAUACCACACAUACUAUGUACUAUAUGAAUCGUCUGUUGAGGGUAAAAUAUAUAACUAAGCCUAAAUCUAGUUAAUAUUGCUUGUUUUUGCAAUAGUUUUAUCGUUCGCUUGCAAAAAGGUAAAUUACCAAACAAAAUUAUAAAUAUUGUAAAA